UCCCGGCGCUAGCGUUGUGUGUUUCACGGCGCCUUCACGGAAGAGGCCGUUCGCGAGUCUCGUAGCACCUGUGGAUCCUCGCGUACUCCUACUAUCAGUCGCCGGGACGGCCCAUCCAUUGGGCCAUGUGACACCGGCGGGGGGUGUGAGUGGGCGUUUUCGAACACACAGCAGACCGGCGGCGCUGAGCGGUCCCAACUCGUCGCGCCAGAUCGUGGUGGCUGUCUGCUUCGUCAUCGCGCCGUGAUGAUGACUCUUCAGGACGGCACCGAUGACACGGCAAAUUCGGCGGACACCUCGCUCAAGAUGCGGUCAGACACGAUUGAUCUAGCAGACCAGUCCCUGCUCGUGGAUAUCUCGGAUGCCCUCAGUGAAAGGGACAAGGUCAAGUUCACCGUGCACACCAAGACGACACUGUCGGACUUCCAGAAGCCGGAGUUCUCGGUGUUGCGGCAGCACGAGGAGUUCAUCUGGCUCCACGAUGCCCUGGAGGAGUGCGAAAGUUACGCAGGCUUCAUCAUUCCACCGGCACCUCCUCGGCCGGACUUUGACGCCUCUCGUGAGAAGCUUCAAAAGCUGGGCGAGGGCGAGGGUUCCAUGACCAAGGAGGAGUUCACCAAAAUGAAGCAGGAGCUUGAGGCGGAGUAUUUGGCGACGUUCAAGAAGACGGUGGCCAUGCACGAGUUGUUCUUGCAGCGGCUGGCCCUGCACCCUGUCUUCCGCACGGACUCAAACUUCCACGUCUUCCUAGAAUACGAGAAAGAGCUGAGUGUGCGGGGCAAGAACAAAAAGGAGAAACUCGCCGGACUGCUGAGCCACCUGGGCAAGUCUGCGGACGACCUGCGCCUCUCGUCGACGCAAAAGGACGUGGACGAGUUCUUCGAGCACGAGCGCAACUUCCUCACGGAGUACCACACGCACGUGCGCGACGCCACCACUAAGGCCGACCGCAUGACCCGUGCCCACAAGAAUGUGGCCGACAGCUACAUCAAGAUUUCAUCCUGCCUCACCCAACUGGCCACAGUCGAGUCGUCCGAGCUGGAGAAGUUCUUCCCCAAGGUUGCAGAGUGCUUCGAGAAGGCUCGGAAAAUCGAAGGUCGGGUGGCAACGGAUGAAGAUUUGAAGUUGUCGGACACGUUACGGUACUACAUGCGCGACACCUCUGCUGCCAAGGACCUGCUGUAUCGGCGGCUGCGUUGCCUGGCCAACUAUGAAAAUGCCAACCGCGCCCUUGAACGGGCACGCAACAAGAACAAGGAGGUCCAAGCGGCUGAGCAAGCCCAACAAGAAGCCUGCGAGAAGUUCGAGGGCAUCUCGAAGCAGGCAAAGCAGGAGUUGACGGACUUCAAGACUCGCCGUGUGGGCAACUUCCGCAAGAACUUGCUCGAGCUUGUCGAGUUGGAGCUCAAGCAUGCCAAGGCGCAGGUCCAGCUGCUGAAGAGCAGCAUAGCACUGCUCAAGAACGAGCCGGUCAAAGUGUGAGAAACCUGGUGGGCCAGCCGCCACUGCCAACAACCGGCCCAAGAGUAUUUUCCUGUACCAUAUUUAUUUUUCUUUUUUUGCCACACGCGGAGACAAGGGGGUCUUUUUUGGAUAUGUGAAGAAAAAAAAAUAAUAAAAGAGCAUUCUAUUCAGGUUUACAA